AUGAGACAUCCACCACUCUCUGACACCUCCUUUCAUCUUCCGCACACUACGUUCAUCAUGGCAUCCGUUGAUUUUGCGCGGCUGCGCAACCAGACCAUGGCUGACGGCCAAGACAGCGAGGUCACGGUCAACACGAGAGCUCUUAUUGACAAGGUGCUUGCUCGAUAUUCUACAGAACAUACCACACUGCGAGAACUCAUUCAAAAUGCUUCCGAUGCGGGUGCUACUGGCGUUGUGAUCAAAUACGAGACGGAUCCUUCUCUAAACACACCUACACCUCAGAGCUCGGAUCCAUCAGUAUUGCUCAAGCAUAUAAUCCAACAUCACACUCUCAAACGACUUGUUGUGACCAACAAUGGCCAACCCUUUACGGCUGCUGACUGGAGUCGACUGAAAAGCAUCGCCGAUGGAAAUCCCGACGAGACUAAAAUCGGGGCAUUUGGUGUUGGAUUUUACAGCGUCUUCGCCGACUGUGAUGAGCCGUUCGUGGUGUCUGGCGAUCGGACUAUGGCCUUUUAUUGGAAAGGCAAUACGCUUUCUACUAAGGUUGCGAAUGUUCCACAGGAGCAUCGUACCUCUGAUACCACCUUUUCUCUUGACUAUCGCCAAGCAGACCCUGCAUCGCCUUCGUACAGUCCUUCCAAGAUACCCAAUCUACCAACACUCUGCCAAUUUCUUGCCACCAGUUUGACCUUCGUCGGCCUUCAGUCCAUUGAAUUACGUUUAGACAACCACAAAAUUAUAUCUUUCGCUAAGAAGACAUCGCCUGCAGUGGAAGUGCGAGUGCCGCAAGGCCUCCGUAUAGACACGCAUGGGGGCUUUAUGAGGGUGGCAAACGUGACGCGCCAACAUUCGCAGAUAGAUGCUGUCUGGAGUAAUGUCAUAGCUACAGCCCAGAACCCACCUAAGCGAGCUGCUGAGCUUGUCCAAGCAGAGGUCAGGAACGCUGGAACCACCCUCAAAAGCUUUUUCUCAAAAUUCUCUGGGUCUACAACCUCUGUUGCUAGCAAACCCAGCAAACCUCUGCCUAUUCAGGCUCACGUUCCAGCCGAUGAUAACGACGACUUAUCUGGGGACUCAAAGGGCGUUAUAUUCCUCCAAGUGUGUACAGUAGAAGUCACUACACGUGUAUCCACAAGAUUUGCAGCCGAGAUUGAACGAGCCACGAAGAAACCGCCUCCAAAGAAAACAAGAGUCGCUAUCCUCACCUCUCCCUACCACGAUCAAUCCACGUCCCUCUCAACAAGUUCCGGGACGACAGCUGAUUUGGCGACACGAAUCUUCGCGGAGGUGCUUCCCACCAAAGCUGGUCGCAUUUUCAUCGGAUUUCCAACUGCUCAAACUACAGGAUUUCUCGCUCAUGUCUCCGCACCAUCGCUUAUACCUACCGUUGAGCGCGAGAACAUUGAUCUUCAUGCCCGUAAUAUAUCUGACUGGAAUAAGGAGUUGUUGCGUGUUGCAGGUCUGGCAUGCCGCAUUACAUAUAUGCUGGAUUUCGCUGAACUGCGAGAGCGAUAUAACCAAGACACGAUGGAAGCCAUGGUGGAAAAGGCGGCAUACAUCUUUGCCCAAUUCACACCAAAUGCCUCGCAUCCUUCCACUUUACUCGGAGAUACUAUGACUGAUGCAUUUUGGAAUUGCUCAAACGAACGCUCUAUAGACGUUCUCUCCUCAAAAGGCGUCAUGGCAAGUAAGGAUGUACGAAUGCCUGCAGAAACUUUGAGCUUCUUAGGCGAGGUUCCAAUGAUGCCGCAAGACCUUGCAAGAAGAGCCUAUACCUUCAUGUUAAAUCUGCAUGAAAGAGGCUUCAUAUCAGAGCUUACCAUGACUGAUAUUCGGAAUGGCCUUGAACGACGCGCUCUUAAUGAGGAAGAGCUUUCAGAGUUUCUCAAGUGGUGUGGCUCCAAGCUAGAAAGCAAUGAGAUCGAUACACUUGGCGCACGUAGUUUGUUCAGCGUGACCAUAGUCAAAAUUAAUUCCGACAAUACGAGCGAGUCUGGAAGGAUGAUACCCCUUGGCGACGUAAGGACAUAUAUCAAUGCAGCAAGGAUCACACCGACACUGCCGGUGCCGUUUGACACGAUACCCUUCCAGUUUUCUAAAGCAAUACCGGUCAAGCAGUUGCAAAUGUUCAGCUGGAGAGAACUGUCUAUGGUGGAAUGGCUCCGAUUCAUGACGACUUCUCCUCAACUCCAGGAGUUCUCGUCAUCAGAGAAGCUCGCGACACAAGUGCUGGUGUUGACCACCAAAGUAUGGGAUCAGCUUGAUGGUUCCUCCAAGGAAGCCAUUGUCAAUAUUCUUGGAAGCCAUCCUAUCAUGCCGACAAAGGUGGGAAUGCGAAGGCCGGCAGAAUCAUACUUCCCUUCCGUCAAACUGUUCGAGGACCUGCCCACAGUAAACCACUUUGGCUGGAAGGAGAAGUUUUUGCUGGCGUUGGGAGUGAGAAAGACAGUGGAUCUAGCCAUGGUUUUCGACCGCAUGCGAAACCAGGAUGCCUCGUCUUCUCAAGAAAAACAUCCUUGGAAUCAUGCUGAUCUCAUUCGAUAUUUUGCUUCUGUCAAAGACGAACUGCCUCAGAGGGAUCUAAAUCGUCUCCGAGAAACCGCAUUCCUUCCCGCUGAGGGGUCUUCGGUAAAGCAAGGUCAAUUGUUCAAAGCUUCCGACCUAUAUGCCCCAGAGCAAACUAUAUUGACCAUGGGCUUGUGUCAAGUGAAGCUUCCAUUCGAGUUCAAGCCCAAUACACGAGAAGGAGACCUUCUAAUUUCCUUGGGCUUGAAGCAGUGGCCUGAUACGAACAGUAUUAUCAGCAUUCUUCACCGUGCCGGACAAUCGAAUGAUUUACAAUUGUACAAUCUGACGAUCAGGUACUUUCUGCAAAACUACUUCAAAAAUGGCUACGGAUCAGAAGCUAAGCAGCUGUCAUCCCUCACAAUACCCAUUCUGCCCACCGAACAAGCGAAGUUUCCAGCUCUAGUCGGGCCCUUUCAGUGCUUCACAAAUGAGCAAGCUGCCUGCUUAGGCUUUGCGGUUCUACGUGCUGAUCUAAGACCAUACGCAGACAAGCUUGGAGUUCAGCGCGAUCCGGACAUCACAGACUGCAUCCAGAGGGUCGUCAAGUCGCCUCCACGAACGAAGGUAGACGCUGAGAUGCAAUUUUCCUACCUAGCGAAUAGGGCGGCGGAAUUGGAUCAACACAGGGAUCUCCUGAGAAGUUUGAUGUCUACAAACAUCGUACCUAUUUUCCGCAAGUUCUAUCUGGAUCCAAGUUGCAGUGGAUUCGAAGACCGUACGCGAACGCAGUCGGGCAAAACGGAAAUGAGGGUCCACCAUUACGACCCACCCGAGACUGUUUUCGUUGGCCGAGACCAAGAAUACAAGGGGAUUCUAGAUUACGUCCAGUACGGCGCGGAGGCUACUGCGUUCCUUCUCAAGGUAGGCGCAAAGCAUGAGCCCAGCAGUCACGAUCUUGCCAGUCUCCUUUGUCGCAACCCUGCCCGCUUUUUGAAUACCAUCGGUCAGGAUCGUUACCUUGAUUUGCUCAGAAAGCUUGCAGAGCAUGCGGACAAUCUCUGGAAGGACAAAGAUCUCGCGAAACAAUUGAUGUCCUCGACCGCACUUCUAGGGUACCGAGAUAUCAAAGAAGAAACCAAACAGCUUAUCUCAGUUGAAGAGGACAGUCUAGAUGACUUGGACGAGCCGGGUAUGCACCGUGAAUGGUCUCUGAACAAACCAAACGAACUCGUAAUCAUCGAUGAUGUCAGUGUUUUCAUCCGAUUCCGCGAAUACAUCAUCGCCGCCCCCCAAGAAGAGUCACUGGAGGAUUUCUAUGCUCGCUUCGGCGUACAGAAGUUAUCUACCCUAGUGAAGCACGAUGUGCGCGUGGGUGUAGCUGCACGUGAUCAGACACUAGCUCAGCAGUUGAAAAGGAAUAUCCUCGAGCGCGCACGGCUUUUCCUUCACGAAUACGAGCGUGAUGCAUCAAAAAAGAGUAUACGAUACGAUGCCAAGUGGCUCAAUACAAACUUGACCGUGCAAUGUGUGUCAGACAUAACUAUUCGCUUUUCUCUUGCGGAUCGGAACGUAGCGACAUCGUCUAGGCGGUCAGCAGUCAUCAAGCGCAGCUCAAGCAGUGGCACUGUGCUGUACGUUACGCCUAAAUACGACUUGUUUGAAGUGAGUAGCGAGCUCAUCAGGCUACUUAUCCGUCGUCCAAAGCAGAACGAUGCGAUAGCUUUAGAGCGCAUAUUGACUGAAUCUCUUCGUCGCCUGCAAGAGAAAGGCAUCAACGUCGAGCGGAUCUUGCGAAAGAAGGAAUAUGAAGCCCGACUUGCCAAACAACUGGAAUUGGAGCGUGAGUACGAAGAGCAGCAGCGUGCUGCCGAACAGGUCAAAUCAGGCAAUGCUUAUCCAGACGAGAAAGCGGAGAAAGAACCUGAUGCCGAUGUGCCUACUCCAGGACCGACACCGGAGAAGACUCGUAAAAUGCCUGGUGCUUUUGGCGGUUCAGACGAUAUGGAGCUAGCGGAGAAAAGUCCUCGGCGCAACGAAAACAACAAUUUCCUAAGCAACUUCACAAAAACGCUCUUCAAGAAGCCACAGGUACCCUCUACCAGGACCGAUGGACCUCAGAUCAAUCGUGAUAUCCAAGCCACAAGAUCCAAUAUCCAAAAUGCGAUCAAGGAAUGCAGGCCAACCGGUAUGGAUGCUAUCAACACCAAACACCACCAAGAUCCCACUGAGCUUGAUAGGGGCGGCUACUGCAACGGGGAACAGUGGGAAAAUCUGCACAAGGCCUUCACUAUCCCGUACAACGGCAGGCAUGUUGACGUUUACUUCGGUCCGGAGCAAACCGAGAUGCCAAAUGAAAUCCACUCGGAGCUUUCUGCUUUCCUGCCGCUAAUUUUCGGACUCUCAUCAAUCUUUGGCGUUAACCCAGCGGCCGUCAACAUCUUCCUCGACAAGAAAUCGAAUACGGUAGCUUUCAAUUUGAGCGGGACUUUGUUCUUCAAUCUGGCGUGGUUCAUGGGACUGCACGUCGGCGGGUUCGGUACGGUGGAAGGAAGACUGCGAGCACUUGAUAGUUGGUUCUUGACUUUCUGUCAUGAGCUGGCGCAUAACCUUGUGGCGGAUCAUAACGCGAGGCAUAGCUGGUAUCAACAGCAGAUUGCGAUUGAGUACAGCCAGCAAUUCCGGAAUGCAUUAGACGGAUUUGUGCAGGAUAUCAACAGAAAGGGCGCAUAG